AUGGCCCGCAACCUGGCUGUGCUCCCUUUUCUGGUGCUGCUGGCGAACAGCGAGCUUGAGCCGGAGGAGUGCCCCUUGCUACAGCUGAAGGCCAAGGGCAACGCAUCAGUGUCGAUUCCCCGCGGGCCCACGGAUGAUUUGAAGCAGUUGUCUCCUCAAGAGUGGGCACUGUCCGUCCGGGGCCUGCAGUGUGCGGCCUCCACUUACGAAAGCGCAUCGGAGCCCAGUCAGUGCGGCCGCAUCCUGAAAGAAGUGCCCGGCCCGGAUACGGAUGGCGCGGAAUUCAUGUUGGCGAGGCUGAUACGUAGCGAGGAUGGCCAGUUCGCCGGCAAGUGCUGGGUUGCCUUUCGUGGGACGGCCAACAAGCGAGGAUGGCAGGCCAACUUCGACUCCAUCAACGCGAAGGAAUCCUUUUCGAAGCACAAGAUCCUAGUCGCCAGCUCGUGGCUGCGCGGCUAUCGAUUGCUGGAGCAAGGCCUAAAGAAGGCGGUUCACGAUGCGUACCAAAGCGGAGAUUGUGAUCCUAAAGAGAUGUAUUACACGGGUCAUUCACUCGGUGGGGUCCUGGCAAACUACGCCGCCUUGGACAAUAUGGUAGGUGUGGAUGGGCAUCAGGCGAGGUACACGAUCACUGCGGGCUGUCCACGUCCAUGGUGGUUGACCACAGGCCAAUGCAGGUACUUGUCGAGCACGUUGCCUGUCAGCUUGCGGUUCGUCCGCUAUUUGGCCAGUGGUCAGGAUUCCACCUUUGACAUGGUCCCGAACCUGCCGCCAUCCUUGCCAGGGUGGCCAUGGCAGAAGAGAUUCCGACAUUGCGCAAGGCGAAAUAUUGGUCUUUGGGCAGAGCCUGCAGCGAAUGCACCAAGCCACUGCAAGAAUGGCAUGCAUGCAGAGCAGUGCGCUAUAUCUGCGAUAGUGCAUGGUGUACAACAGCUUGCGAGCAACGCACCAUAUGGUGGCAUCGGAGAGGGAGACGCAGGACUCCAUGAUUCCGUGGACUACGCUACGAUCGUUGAGGUGGACAGCCAACUACAAGCUUCAAACACAUCAAACACAUGA